CAGGGGCGCAUCGAGAGGCGCUUUCUGCUCGUCGAAGGCGAGGCACGCAGCCUCUUCGCCCCUCCUCCGAGCAGUCCCCUGACAGGGCCGUCUCCCGCUGUCGCCCGCUGCAGGCCGGUCGUCCAUACCUUCUGGCGCUUUGGCGGCUGGACCUGUGCGCCGCACACACCUGCGGCGGCCUGGCCGCAGUGCAGGUGCAGCACACAGGGACAGCAGGGUCCUCUGCGCGGCAAGCGUCGCGCUGCGAUGCGAUGCGCUGCAGCUCGUCGGAAGCAUGCAUCCGCGGGCCGAGUCUGCCCACUGGUGCAUGCUUCACGACCCUGACGCUGCGGUGCUGCUGGGUGCUGCAAGGAGCACGCUGCACACUGCUGCGCUCCUCCUUUCCAGAGCUCACUGCUGCUGCUGCGUGCUACUUCCUGCGCAGGGCACUGCAUCUGGCUCUGCAUCUGCAGAGCGGCAGCAGGCAGCCAUUGGCAUGCGAGACGAGGGCGAAACGGCUCGCGUGACCCGCCCUUGUCUUCGGGUCACGGCUUCGAACGCCGCCGGAGGUGAGAGAGAGCAACAGCCUCCGCUCGUCUCGCUGUGGCUUGCGCCAUCGCGCCUGGCGUGCCCGGACGUGCCGUGCUUCAGAACGUCCGGCUCGUGCCACCAUCAAGGACGCGGAGCCGCAAGCCGCCGGAUCUCUUGGAGCCGGCGGGAGACGCUCCGAGCGUCGUGUGGCGGGAGCAAUGCCGGCGGCAGCGGCAAGGCGUCGGUCCGGUGAGAGAGUAUGUGUGCAUCCUUCGUGUUCAGCCAUCAAGAGUCCGCCGGACGUCAAUUGCCGAGCGGUGGCAGCAACUCUCUUCCUUCCGCACUCCGUGGCGCUUUCAUGAACCCCUCUCGCCGCUAGCUCGGCCUUCUGGCCGCGAAGCACUCUCACUUCCGCUUUUAGACCUUUCGCU